AUGUUACCUGCGAACGUCCAUAUACUAAACUUUUGGCAGGUCUCGAGGUUCCGCCGUCGUGAAAAGCUCUUUUCACAACUCUCCGCACAUGAGGAUCAAGAAAGAUUCGAGGGAGAUAGCCUGCGCAGCGGAAGUACUUCAAAAUGGUCGCAGAACUCCUCAAACACGGGCAAAGAUCACCUACUAGGAGCAGAACUCCCCUUUCGCAACGGUCGCUCUAAAGAUGUGGAGCCAAGAAAGAAAGAGCGCUCCCGCGAUCGCCGUUCAGAUCCGCUGGGAUUGACUGUCCUAUACGAGCCUGAAUCUUCUCCAUCCGUCGAUAUUGUCUUCGUACACGGGCUCGGUGGGACAAGUCGCUAUACCUGGUCCAAGAAUGGAGAAAGUGAAUUAUUCUGGCCUCGAGAAUGGCUGCCGUACGAAUCGGAGUUGUCGACGGCUCGUAUCAUGACCUUUGGAUAUAACGCGCAUUUCUCAGCCAUCUCACAUGGAGCAGAGAAUAUCCUCAACAUUUCAGAUUUCGCGAAGGACUUGCUGUUCAGCCUGAAGUUUGCUACUGGAGAAGGCCAACGGGCUCUCAAUAUUGGUUCCAUUCCCAUAAUUUUUGUUGCUCAUUCCAUGGGAGGCUUGGUCGUGAAGAAGGCAUUCAUCCUCGGCCAGCAUGAUGAACACUAUCGAGAUCUCAUUCAAGCUAUUUCUGCUCUCGUUUUUCUCUCCACUCCGCACCGCGGAUCGAACCUGGCUGAAGCCCUCAAUAAGAUCCUCUCAGCAUGUAUCUUAACCCUGGCACCCAAGGAGUACGUAUCGGAACUUCGUAUCAAUUCGCCUACUCUCCAGGAGAUAAACGAACAGUUCCGCAAUCUCGCCCCAAAGCUUUCCAUCGUUUCUUUCUUCGAGACUCUCAAGACAAGCAUUGGACUCUCGAGAAUGAUGGUACUGCAGAAAGACUCUUCAAUCCUAGGCUAUCCAGGAGAGAUCUCGAAACCACUGGAUGCUGACCAUCAUGAUGUAUGCAAAUAUACUAGUCAUCAGGAUCCAAACUAUAUUAGCGUCCGCAACGUUUUGAAGUAUCUGGUGGAGAAACACCGUGCCCAGGAUAUGCCACAGGUCGAUUUUAACUCGGUUGACGAGCUUCAUGAGAUUUCGUCCGCUUUUGGACAUCCUGAAGGUCCCGGCGACGAUCUUUCGUUCUUUGCCAACAGGCGCAUGCCGGGCUCCUGCGAAUGGACCCACGAUGACCCAGUGUUCAUAUCCUUCUUGGAAGAUGAAUCCGAUGGACCGCGAUGUUUGUGGUGUACUGGACCCCCAGGAUCUGGCAAAUCUGUUCUUGCUUCAUCGAUCAUUCAAACCGCCGAGGAGGAUGAAGUUGACCAUGUUUACUACUUCUUCCGAUUCGGUGAUGAGGUUAAGAAUAACCUCAAUGUCCUUCUUUUGUCCUUGGCGUAUCAACUGGCAAGUGUUUUGCCUGAAUACCGCAGACGUUUACUGCGACUCUUUGAAGACGGGUUCAACGUACAAAAGUCACUUCCGCGCCUCCUUUGGAAAAAGUUGUUUGCCUCCACUUUCCUCAAACUACACCUAACGCAACCACUUCUUUUGAUCAUUGACGGAUUGGAUGAGUGUGACUCGCACAGCCAUUUCUUGAAGUUCCUGGAAGAUUUUCAAUCUUUCCCUGGCUGUAUGCGUUUUCUUAUCAUCAGUCGGAACACCCAAUCACUGUCCUCAGGGUUCGAAAAGUUGUCCAAAAAGAUCCCAGUCCAGCAGCAUGCGCUUCAGAGCAUGAAAAAUGAUCUUCGUCUCUAUAUUGAGGAGGAGAUGACUUCUAUGCACGGUGAUGAUGAUUUCAAAGAUGCGAUUGCCGCAGAGCUUACUCGUAAGGCCGAUGGUAACUUCUUAUGGGCAAGCCUCGUUCUAGGAGAAGUUCUACAGUGUCACACAGGAGACGCCGUGCUCGAGGCUCUCAACGAGGUUCCUGAAGACCUUGAGCCUCUAUACGAGCGAAUGGACGCAACUCUAGCAAAAAAUUGCCGCCCCUCAGAUCGAGCCAUUGGAAAAACGAUACUAAUGUGGAUUGCUUGUUCAAGGUAUGCAUUGAGUCUGCAAGAUCUGGCUGAGGCUCUUCAACCCGAGUAUUCCAAUCUCCUCGAUCUCAAAUUCACUAUCAGCCGCGUCUGUGGUGAAUUUGUUAUUGUCGACAGCAAAGGAAUUGUCUCGAUGGUCCAUUCCUCCGCCCGUGACUAUUUGUUCCAAAACCAGUAUUUGAAUUAUCACAUCCCAAAAGGGGCUUCACAUCAGCAAAUCUUUAUGAAAUGCACUACCGCACUCAUCAACGCCAAUCCUAAGAUACAGACAGGCCAGAUAAGAUCACAAGCAUUCUUGCUUUAUGCUGCUAGCUCAUGGCCAUUUCAUAUGGAGCAGGGUUCGGACUUCUCGGAUCAACCCUCUCUCCUACAACUCGCGCGGUUUUUCCAAAGUUCAGUGGUCCUUAGUUGGAUAUACCUCCUUGCGGUGGCAGGUCAGCUACGAGUCCUAGUCCAAGCAUCCAAAAAGAUGACGAGCUUUCUCAAGAAGGUGGAUCGAUUAGACGAAACACGCAGUCCUCUGACACAUCGAUUGCGCGAGAAGGAGCUCGUGUCCCUGUGGACCAUAGAUCUGAUCAGACUAGUCGGUAAGUUUUCUGCUCAUCUCAACGAGCAGCCUAAGUUGAUAUUCAAACUUGUGGCUCCGUUUUGUCCUCAAGAUUCGGUCAUCUUUAAACAAUUCGCAGUCCGUUCCGCUGGCCUAGGUAUUAUGGUUUCUGGCCUUUCGAACCCAUCGUGGGAUGAUUGUCUGGCCAAAUUUGCAGUGGAUGAUUCUCUGACUCCUCUUCAAAUAAAAUGCUGGAACAGAUAUUUUGCAAUCUUGGUAUCAGACGGCACCAUUCUGUUGUACCAUGCCAUCACUUACGAAGAAGCCCGACGCUUUCAUCAUGGCGAGCGUGUUUUGACGUGGUGCUUCAAUCAGGAAGGCGAUCAGAUCGUCACAUGCGGACUCAAGAAGACCAUGGUUUGGAACACCGCAACGGGGAAGCAGCUGUAUACUUUCGCAAAUCCUCGACGAUCCAAAGCCAUCACUAUUGCGUUUGCAAAUGCUGAAGAGACUCUCGUGACAUGCUGUGAUGACCGAACCAUCCGGACUCUGUCUCUUACUCAAUUGGAUGGUGAGGGAUGGCAAAUCCUCGACAAUGUGCUGGGCGAAGAUCAUUAUGAUGGAAAGCAGUGUGGAUCGCCAAGGUGUGCGUCCUUCAACCCAGCAGGCUCCCAGAUAGCCAUUAGUUACCGCGGUAUACCGUUGGCCGUGUGGUCAUUGGAAGAUGCACGUCCUUUCUUGGUUGGUAGGUGCCAAAGGAUCCUCGGUGGCCGACAAGUCUUCAGCAGCAGUGCGUCCGAUGUUCAAGCUAUCACCUGGAACCCGAUGACUGGUCAUGUAUUAGGAAUAUACAAUGACGGAUGCGUCUUCAAGUGGCAUCCAUUCGAAGCCGACUAUCAAGAAUCCAACAUUUCAGUCGGCCGCGUCGAGUGCAGUCCGGAUGGGAAGUUUUUUGUGACGAGCAGUAGGGAUGGCACACUGCGAAUCUGGGACUUUUAUCACUUCUCUCCCAUCUAUCAGCUCUCAUACACCGUUCCGGUCACGAGUCUGGCCAUUGACCCCAACGACACCCGCAUCUACGACAUCCGAGAAUCGUUCUGCAGCGUGUGGGAGCCGAACGCUCUCGUGCGUAUGUGGGAGACUGAGGACAAGUCGAGUGAGACGAUGAGUAACCGAGAGAGCACCCAAGUUUCGCACAUAUCCGAAGUAUCUUUCGAGUCGCUGCAGCCUGUCACUACUCUUGCUUUAGAAAGUGGCAGCCUGUCGUACGCUGUCGGGAACGACGAUGGCGUGGUCACACACUUCACCAAGGAUGGAUACCCUGCGGCAGAGGUGGUGAGGACAUUCAUGACGGUAGAACAUCUUUCGUGGAGCGAGGACGGCCGUUGCAUCGCCGCGUCUGGCCUGGGCCGCCGGCUCUUUGUCAAGGAGGUGAAUCAGGGGAAUCCUAAUCAGACGGCAAGGUCCAUUAUGAACGGGAAGGCAGACGACCCGAUCAGGCAGCUCCUCCUGAGUUCAACAGGGAAAUUCCUUCUAGUUGUAAUGGAUCGCUUCCUGAACAUAUGGUCCACGGCGGAUCAAUGCAUCGUGUCCACACGCCCGCAAGUCGCAUUGCACAGAUGGAUCAACUGCCCUUACGACACGAGCAAGGUGAUCGGAUUCAGCUUUGACGAGAUUCAGAUCAUUGAUUGGCAAGACCCGGAACUUACCAAACACCUACUGCAGGAUCGGUCGGUCGUCGACGAUGCUGCAGAGCAGCACUCUCGGGUGUUGUUGUUCCGACGGCCGUCGGCGCAGUACCCCAUGAGCCCGGGUGAGAGCAACAAGAUUGUCGACAAGGUCCUCCUCACCGUCAAUCGAACAAGCGCCCUCGUUGUGACGUCGCAGAGCACCGCCCAAGGCCGAUGUGAGAGGCAAUUCAUGUUUGUCGGUCUUGGUGACGUGACGAAUCCCUUCACCGAAGCCAAAGUUCCGGCCACGGCGCUUCCUCCUGAACUCCAGGCGACCAUGGUGAUCCCUUUGGGUUUUGUCGCGGUGGAGUCUUCCUUGGUGGCACCCAGGGCGGCGACUUCAAGCGUACAGCAGCGAACCUUUGCAUCGUCUGAGCGGCCCGCGGUAGGUGGAGGUACCGAAAUGUCCCGAGCCGCCGACCACGUCCUGGCGUUCUUGGACCACAAGUACUGGGUUUGCACGUACACCUUGAGUCAGACCAGGGCGGGACGGGUCAAGCGGCAUUUCUUCCUCCCCCGUGACUGGCUGAACAUGGACUGGCUUGAACUGGCCGUGAUGCGGCCGGACGGUGCGUUGCUGUGCCCUCGAAACGGCGAGGUUGCGUUGGUGGAGAAUGGGUUGCGAGAAGAAUGGAUAGACUGA